AUGAAUUCGAUUAUGCCAUUAAUUGUAUCAGUUCAUUGUGGUAAUCGUAGUCCUAUUAAUCAAAGUGAUUUUUCCACUAAUUCAUUAUCGGUGUCCAGGAUAGCAGGGCGAGAUUCAGAUUCGGAUGCAGAUAUCCGCUACGAAUUAGAGGGCAUCUUUUCGAAAAUGAAUCCAAUCAGCAAGUUUGGCAGAAAAAAUAUAAAGGAAGGAAGCUUGGAACGAAAACCACUGCUCUCGGGACGAAUUCAAACAUUAACAGGUGAAGAAAGUGGAUCACCCAGUGAUCGACAAAAUCGUUUAUCAAGUUCGGAUGACGAGGAUAUGAAAUAUUAUAAUGAAAAUUAUGGUUCAGUUGGGGAUGCUGAAUUUGCAAAUAUUAUUGGUGAUGCCAUUCAUGCGAUACGUGAAGGGGUUUAUCCUGAACGAAUUCGGCAAGGAUCGUCUGGGUCAUAUUUCGUGAAGAACUGUGAAGGAGAAACCAUAGGUGUUUUCAAGCCUAAAAAUGAGGAACCAUAUGGUCAACUCAAUCCAAGAUGGAUGAAAUGGAUUCAUCGUAUUUUCUUCCCAUGUUGUUUCGGGCGUUCCUGUCUUUUACCCAAUCAGAUCAUUUUCCUGUUGUUUGAGAAGUUCAGUCUUCUGGAGUACUUGUGA